AAGAAUUUAACUGCGCAAAAAGUCCUGUGCGGUGACGGAUGUUCCAAAGUUCAGAACUUUUUCAAUGCGCGUUUGUUUCACGGGGACACGGGGAUGGGGACGGCUUAAACACCUCAGAGACCGAGCACCACGCCGCACUGUUGAGAAGACUUUCCUCCCGUUUUCGUUAUUUUUUUUCUUUCCUUCACUGAGCAGUGAGGAGCUGUGGUCCUGAGCGCCUCGGCCGUCAGUGGAGGGAGACGUGGAGAAGCCUUUCCUCGGGGAUAUACUGUCGCCGGAUCAUCGCGAAGACAUGCAGGCGCGUUACUCCGUCUCCAGUCCCAACUCGCUGGGCGUCGUGCCGUACAUCAGCAGCGACCCCGGCUACUACCGGGCCGCUGCCGGUGGAGGAUACACGGGGAUGCCAGCACCUAUGAACAUGUAUUCUCAUGCGGCACACGACCAAUAUCCUGCCAGCAUGGCACGGGCGUACGGACCGUAUACCCCGCAACCGCAGCCCAAGGAUAUGGUCAAACCCCCCUACAGCUACAUUGCGCUCAUCACCAUGGCGAUCCAGAACUCGCCUGACAAAAAGGUGACCCUGAACGGGAUUUACCAGUUCAUCAUGGAGAGGUUUCCAUUCUACCGAGACAACAAGCAGGGCUGGCAGAACAGCAUCAGGCACAAUCUGUCUCUGAAUGAGUGUUUCGUCAAGGUGCCCCGCGACGACAAGAAACCCGGCAAGGGCAGCUACUGGACCCUGGACCCGGACUCUUACAAUAUGUUCGAGAACGGGAGCUUCCUGCGGAGGCGGCGGCGGUUCAAGAAGAAGGACGUGCUGAAGGAGAAAGACGACCGGCUGCAGAAGGACGUGCCGCCCAGGCAGCAGGGCCGGGAGCAGGAGCAGCCGGUGCAGGGCUCGCAGCCCGUGAGGAUCCAGGAUAUUAAGACGGAGAACGGCACAGCCACGCCGCCGCAGGCCGACUCGCCCUCUCUGAGCACCGUGCCCAAGAUCGAGAGCCCGGACAGCAGCAGCAUGUCCAGCGGGAGCCCCCACAGCAUCCCCUCCAGCAGGUCCAUCGGCAUGGACAGCUCCGAGCAGCACCACCAGCACCACGGCCAGGCCUCGACGCAGGGCUUCAGCGUAGACAACAUCAUGACCUCCCUCCGGGGGUCCCCACAAGGGGCCACAGAGCUCCCCUCCGGCCUCAGCGGCCCCACCAGGACAGGUAUAGCGCCGUCUUUGUCCUUAAACUAUUCUCCAAAUCAGACAUCUGUCUAUAGCUCGCCCUGUAGCCAGAACUCCAUCUCCACUACCUCCAACGCAACCUACCAUUGUAACAUGCAAGCCAUGAGCUUGUACGCCGGGGACAGAUCUGGCCACUUGGCACCGAGCACCACGGUGGACGAGACGUUGCCCGAUUACUCCGUUACAACCACCGCGUCCUCCCUGACCCACGGCAAUCUGAACUCUGGCCAGGAGGGCCACCAUGCCCACCAAGGGAGGCUGACCUCGUGGUACCUCAACCAGGCCGGCGACCUGGGGCACCUGGGCGCAGCCUACCCGGCGCAGCAGCAGAACUUCCAUUCAGUCCGCGAGAUGUUCGAGUCCCAACGAAUCGGCUUGAAUAACUCGCCGGUGAACGGGAAUAACAGCUGUCAGAUGUCAUUCCCGCCGAGCCAGUCCAUCUAUCGCACUUCGGGAGCUUUUGUAUAUGACUGCAGCAAGUUCUGACCCCCGCAACAAAACAACAACAACAACAACAACAACAACAACAAAAAACAGGCUCGAUAUUUUCGGCACGGUGUGUGAACUCUGCCAGUAAAAUGUCGGCCCUCUCUCCCUCGUCCGCACCGAAUGGACUAAUAUGAGACAGAAAAACAAACACAGAAAAGACUUGAUCUCGUUUUUUCUAAAGAACAGUGUUACUGCAAAUAACACGUAAGUCUCUCUUUUGCUUUUGUGGCCUUUUAUGUGAUAUGCUAAAGAUAUGCCAGUUUUUCCGUGGACGUGUAAAUUGCAUAUAGUAAUUUAUUUCUAAACUGUAGCCGGAUGUUAUGGACCAAACACCAAAAAAAAAAAGUGUUUCUAAAUUGAACUGCCUUAAUUGUGCCCCCCCCCCUCCCUCCCCAAAAAAAGAAAAAAAAAUUAUGUUCCAUUAUAAAAGGUAAAAAAAAAACAAGGAACGUGUAUAUCUCCGUACUAUUUCAAAGAUUCUUCAUUUGUUGAAAAGUAUUUUUGAAGGAUUUGUUUGUUUGUUUAAUAAAUUUGUCAUUUAAUGUGAGUAAAGUUACGCCUCGUUUCUUGCAGACUUGGACGCAGGUUAGUGGAUAUUUUACACUCAGCCCGACUCCUGCUAUUUGUCGCGUGGAGAGUGAACCGGGCCUCGCUAUUAAUCUAAUCUGACCCACGGAGAUUUAUAGAAAUAUAUUUAUAUGUAUUGGCUGUAUAUGGAGUUUGUAGACUGUCGUCUCGCGGCAAAGACACAGACUUUAUACUCUCCGAAUGAGACAAUGUUUCUCUUCGAGGGAACUUUAAUUUCUCAUCUCUUUCUGGAAAAUCCUUUUAAGAAACUAUGAUCCUCGGCGUGCGCGCGUCCAAAGAGACAAUGGAUGCGAAGACUGUGUUUAUUUCCAGAACCCCCCCCCCCCCCCCCCUCUCUUAUUCAUACUUCAUACAGAAUUUAUAUUUUUCAUGUUCCUACGUUAAUCAUAUGACGAUUGGAGAUCCCGUUGACCUCGAGGCCUACAGGCAGGAAACAGCCUGCACACACGAUCACAACUUUGUUUUGGAUGGCGCUGUGUGUUUACUGGUGCAUGCCGGUGCUGACUUACAGCAUCAUACCACACAUGCCACAGCCGCAGUCCCGUUGUCACUUCAGUUUGGACGUUUUGACGUCGCGCACUGUGUCUUGCCACAACGCUGACGUGGUCGGGGACAAACGUGACAGUCGGGGAUUUAUCGCGGAGAGGGAGAAACUCAUCCCACCGUUUCAGGCGUGUCCGGCUGUUUAAUUGCAGGACGGAGGGGGGAUUUGAAAUUGGCUUAAUACAGGCGAAAUGUCAAAUGGAGGUUUUAUUGUAAUUCCCAGUUGGCAGUCGUUUACACGAGUGAGAGUUGAGCGUGAGAGGGGAAUCAGUCUCAUUUAAUCACAUUAAAAUGACAAAUCAGAAAUUUGGCCUGUAACUUAAAAAAUACGCAUUUAUCAAGCAUGAUUCAGUAAUUUAAAUAAAAUGUAUGUCUGUCAUUAA